CAUUCUCAGAGUCAAGAAUAUUAGAGUUGCUCAGAGGCAAUAGAGGCUCUAACAUGUCUUGGUUUUUUACACUACUCUUUUUGAUCAGUUCUCUCUCAUUGACUACUCCCUCAGAAGCUAGCCAUGAGAAGAAGCCCCCAUCUGCAGUUGUUGUAGGCACUGUCUACUGUGACACAUGUUUCCAAGCCGAAUUCUCACAUGCCAGCCACUUCAUUUCAGGGGCUUCUGUUGGUGUAGAAUGCAAAGAUGGGAGUUCAAAACCAAGUUUCCAGACAGAAGUGAAAACAGAUAGCCAUGGAGUGUUCAGAGUCCAUUUGCCUUUCUCUGUGAGCAAGCGUGUCAAGAAAAUUGAAGGGUGUUCUGUGAAAUUAAUCAGCAGCAGUGAACCAUAUUGUGCUGUGUCCUCAACAGCCACUUCAUCUUCACUGCAUCUCAAGUCAAGUGAGCAAGGAACAUAUAUAUUCUCAGCUGGUUUCUUCACCUUCAAGCCUCUAAAGCAGCCAAGCCUCUGUAACCAAAAACCAAGCAUUCCAAACUCCAAGGAAUUCAGUUCUCAGAAAUCUUCAUUUCCAGGAAUUCCAGUUACAUCCCCCUUUCCUGGUAAAACUACGAAGGCAGGGCAACUAACUGAUAAAAAAGUAGGACUUCCAGGACUCCCAGGAACAGGACUUCCAGGACUCCCAGGACUUCCAGGAAUUCCACAAUUAACCCCCUUUACUGGUAAAAAUACAAAGGGAGGGCAACUAACUGACAAAAAAUUAUUAGGACUUCCGGGACUGCCAGGACUUCCGGGACUGCCGGGACUUCCAGGACUUCCGGGACUUCCAGGACUUCCGGGACUUCCAGGACUCCCAGGACUUCCUGGACUUCCAGGACUAGGAAAGGCAGGGCAACUAAAUGAUAAAAAAGUAGCUCGCCCAGAUACUUCCUUCACAACACCACAAAUUCCAAAAACAAGUUUGCCUCCAAAUCCAUCACCACCAACAUCUCGCAUUCCUGGAAUCCCACGGGCUUCUUCAAAGCAAACUACUUCUCCUUGAUAUUAAACUGAAAUCAUUAACUAAAUAAAUCAUGUUAAGUUUGUAUGGGGUGUGCAAUUAUCAGAAGCAUAUGUAGUAGGGCUUGUAAGUUUGUACUUUGUAAGGAGUAUGUAAGUUAUUGUACUUGGAAUAAAGCUAUGGUUCUCUCAUCA